GGCGGCGGCAGAGGCGGCGGCGACGGGGUGACUGAGGGAGAAGUGGGGGCGGCUGAGGGAGGAGCGGCGGCAGUGGCGGCGGGGACCCGCGCGGGUGAGCCGCGAGGAGGGCCGAGAGCGGCCGCGGGUGACAGGGCCGGCGCUGGGCCCUGGCCGACGGGAACCGAGUCGGCGGGGCGGCGCUGAGGAGCGGGGGCCCGGCGCGGACUUGGGGUGCUGCUCCGCGAGGGGCGGCUUCUGCCUUUGUUUCCCCGCCGCCCCGGCAGGCCCGUGCCCCGCGUCGGCGCUCACAGCCUCCUCUGUCGGUGUGUGUCGCUUGUAGGAUGGCGGAGGUACCGCCUGGGCCUAGCAGCCUCCUCCCUCCAGCAGCACCUCCGGCCCCGGCGGCGGCCGAGCCCCGCUGUCCGUUCCCGGCGGGGGCCGCCCCCGCCUGCUGCGGCGAGGACGAGGAGGACGACGAGGAGCACGAGGGCGGCGCGGGCCCGGCGGCGCCCGCCCGCGCGAGGACUGCGCUCCCCGGCCCGGCGGAAGAGGCGGCCAGCGACCCCGCGGCGGCCCGCAACGGACUGGCCGAGGGCGCCGAGCCCGAGGACGACGACGAGCAGGUGCGGCUGCUGACCUCGGCCCUGAGCGCCGGCUGCAGCCUGCGGAGCCCCUCGGGCAGGGAGGUCGAGCCCGGGGAGGAUCGGACGAUACGAUACGUCCGGUACGAGUCCGAGCUCCAAAUGCCCGAUAUCAUGAGACUGAUCACCAAAGAUCUGUCCGAACCCUACUCCAUUUAUACGUAUAGAUAUUUUAUCCACAACUGGCCACAGCUGUGCUUCUUGGCCAUGGUAGGGGAGGAGUGUGUAGGUGCCAUCGUUUGCAAGUUGGAUAUGCACAAAAAGAUGUUCCGCAGAGGUUAUAUAGCCAUGUUAGCUGUGGAUUCCAAAUACAGGAGAAAUGGCAUUGGUACUAACUUGGUCAAGAAAGCUAUAUAUGCCAUGGUUGAAGGAGACUGUGAUGAGGUUGUUUUGGAAACCGAAAUAACAAAUAAGUCUGCUUUGAAACUUUAUGAAAAUCUUGGUUUUGUUCGAGAUAAGAGGCUGUUCAGAUACUAUUUAAAUGGAGUUGAUGCACUGCGACUUAAACUGUGGCUGCGUUGAGAAACUGACAUCGAGGAACAACUUCCAACCACACAGAGUCGACCUUUGCAUGCAAUGCAAUUUGUACAGAAUUGCUUUGCAGGUGGAUUUAGUAAUUCCCAUGCAGUUCUUAUCUGUCAGUGUCUCAUUGAGUGUCGCACAAUAUUUGUUGCACUUUGGCAUGGCGCAUUUGUUCUGAAUUAAAAGAGAUUGUUUUAAACUUCAGGAGUUCUUUUGGUACCAACAAAAUGUGCCAGUUGAUAGCCAAGAUUUGUUCAUUUGCAGUCUGCUGACAAUGUUAUUUACAUAGUGACCAUUUUAUCACAGAACCAGUAAGUGGAACAUAAUUUGUUCCUUGAAAAGCCAAUGUAGAAUGUACCAGUCUCUGAGUGUACUAACAUUUUACACAAAACCUGCCAUAGUUUUCUGAAGGGGAUGAGGGAAAAGUUUCAAUUUUAGGUUUUACUUUUUUCAAUAUUAAAUUUUCCUUUCUUGAAUAUUGGUACCUCAGUGAUUAGUGAAUGAAAAAAAUGUAGGGUGGGCUAUGUCUUACAGUGAGUAAAGAUGAUUAAAUUGCGUCUGCCAGUGCCUGUGUAGCUGAGUAUAUUUGUCUUCAUCUCUAGUUUUUCAGUGCAUGCUGUCCUUUUCUUUUCUUUAUGGCCUUAGCAAGCAGACUUGUUUUUAUUUAAAUUCUAAAUUUGACAAUAAAUUAUUUCAGAUUUUUAUAAUUUGGAUACAUUUUCAAGGUGACAGAUUCACCUGAAAAAUCCCUUCUUCAGUAAGAAAUUGAAUCUUGGAAAACCUUUGAGAAAUGGCACAAGAGAGAUAAGGAAAGUUAAUGGAGCAAGAAUUUCUGGGUUUUGGGUGCACUUUUUUUGAGGGAACUUGUGGAAAAGAAUAGAAAAUUAAAUUGAUAUGAUUUUUUAUUUAAUCAAAAUUACUGCAACAGCUUUUAAAAAGUAGCUAGAAAUAUUUUCCCCACUUGAUUUGGAUUCACAUUGCUUCUAUUUCUUAAAAUGCUUCACUUUGGUUCAUGGUCUUCAAAAUAAAUUUCAAGGUGCAUUAUA